AUGUGGGGCGCUUUGCCUCUGAUGGAGAACAUUGCCAAUGGAAGAAUUCAGAGCGAGCGAUUGAUCAUAUUGAUCUGUGACGCUUGUGUCCAGUUUUCCCAGAUUUAUCCCGUAGUAUGCAUACCUUCUAGCUUCUUCAUCGGGGUGACUGGGAUUCCUCUGGAGGUCAUUGCUGGAAGCGUGUCUCCCGAUGAACUGAUGAAGAGAAUCAACAAAGUAAAAAAGAUGCACUUUCAAGGAAUAGAAGAUACUGCUGCAACAGAUGCACAGGAUUCUUUAGAGACCAGAUCACCUGAGAGCACAGCUACAGAUCCUAGCUCAGUUCCAGCAGUGCCCGUUGGGCUGGAAAUGAUCAAUGAUGAACCUGGAGAGGCACCAUCUGCAACAAAAGAAUCCCUUUCACGUUCAGCAGAUGGAGAUGGUGUUUCCAGCGCAAAGCUCACUAUGGAGAAUUCCUCUUUAUGUCAGGCUACCGUUUCUGAGAAUGAAAACCUGAAUGCAAAAGUAGAAAGAUUGACCAAGAAACUGGAAGAGAGACAAGAGCAAAGGAACAAAGAACAGAAGGAAAAUGAUGUCAGAAAAGAAAUUGAGCGCAGGAAGAUGGGGAAGCAAAACCAAGAAUUUAAGAAAAAGCAGGAUCAAGAGAAAACAAAGCAACUCCUGGAAGAAAGGAACAGAGAAAAGGCAGAUGAGAAAGCUGCCAGAGAACGAGUGAAGCAACAGAUUGCUAUGGACCGAGCAGAGAGAGCUGCCAGUUAUGCCAAGAUACGUCAGGAUGAGAAGGAUGCCAAGCAGAACCUUCUACAGGCCCAGCAGGCCAAGAGGGAGGCGCUAAUCAGAGAGAGGGGUACCAAUUCAAGGAUACAGUUUCGACUUCCUGAUGGUUCGUCUUUCACCAACCAGUUUCUCUCACAGACCAGACUGCAGGAGGCUUGGGAUUUUGCUUUUGAGGAAAUAGGAAAUCUGUAUGGCAACUUCUCCUUAGCAACCAUGUAUCCUCGACGGGAGUUCACCAGUGAAGACCUAAACAAGACCCUGCUGGAGCUGGAAUUGGUUCCAAGUGCUUCCAUUGUUGUCCUCCCUUCUCGAAGGCCUGCUAACACAGUAACCCGUUCUUCUGGAUUUGGCAUUUGGACAGCUCUGGGUACACUCCUUUACCCUCUGCUUGCUGUAUGGAGGUUUCUCAGCUCCUUUCUCUUUGCUGCACCUUAUUCAUCAUCAGCAUCCAGAGUCCACGGAAUGCACAGCAGCCCUGCGAGCAGCUCCAAAGUCUCCUCAAACCAAGCUAAGAGAGAAACUCCCACCAAACAAAAUUUGGAGACCCAGCCAAAGGAUUUCAAAAAAGAAGGUAAAAUCUGCACACUUCGGACAGAAGAGGAUGAUGAUGAGGAUAACAAUACCUGGAAUGGAAACUCGACCCAACAAAUGUAAUACCCUGGGUGACAUAAAGCUGCUGCACCCCCAGAUCCCCGCUUUAAAUUCUGAUUUAUAUUUUAUUUUUUCAGUCUCUUCUUUCUCCAUUUUAGUAGUUGCGUUCCUGCACUUUGUCUGCAUGUUCAUGUAAAUUUAGUCCCAUUUGACCUUGACAUGAGUAAAAUAUUUCUGAAUUUAACAUGAUUGAAUGGAUAAUUUUGAUUGUGUGAAGCCACUAUUUCUGUUUUUGUGCUCAUUACUGAUCUAGUAAAUUCAAUAAACAAAUUUUAACCAGU